UAUUGCGUUAACUGACACCAAGUCACAACUACCACAUUUUCAUUCAAACUGCAACACAAUGUUAUCACCCGUGACCAAACAAACCCAAUAAGCCAGCCCACCGCGGUAUUAAUAAUUCAAUCCCAACCAUUGUGCUGAAGAAAAAUCGAUAUAUUCAUUAUAUUCAUACAUUUCAACGGCCCAUGAAUCGACUUAAGGCUACGCGUUUUGUUUACCUGUCGCAGUUUAACAAUAGGCGGUAUGCCACUUAUUUAAAGCUCCAAGGGCUGCGCUUAUAAAACUACGCAAUAGAAAGCUAACGACAAAUCGGGUCACGUAGUUUGUGAAGCAGCAUCGGAGAUUUUAAAUGUUGUGGCCGCGUCUUAUCAAUUUGAUGCUGGUAAAAUAAACAGCACAACAAGGAGACGGAAUUCAGGGUGAAGUUGAGUGUAUCGGAACUGGUUGGUUUCGUAGCCUUUAUUCACGGUACUCCCAGACACGUCAGGUCUGCAACUGAAAAAAAAAGUUAUAGUUAAUAAACAAGCACCUGAGGAUUGCAGGUACGAGUACAUGUAUCUUUAAGAGUCGGUCGUUAAAACUGCUGAACAACUACAGACCGGUAUUCAUCCAACCUAUAGGUUAUCAAUGUCAAGCAUUUCAAGUACAUAGAAGAGCCAUCAACGACUUGUGUCAGCGAGACGCGGGCAUGUGGGACUAUAUAACAGCUGUUACUACCAAUACCUGAUAAACCCAGUGGAUUGUUAAUAUAUAUAUGCCCCAGUAAUUGGAAAGGAAUCUCAUCGCAUGAAAGCAAUAAUAUACUUAUGAAUCCUGAAUAUGUAAUCCAAGCGUCUUCUGUCUUAUGAAUAUCGAAAUACAUCUUAAAGCCUGAUCGCUGACAACAACAGGUGGGUUAUAAAACGCCACUAGAAACUAUGUAACCAGCGACCGUUGUCAUUUGAAUUGGAACAGAAACAAAUUGUGGGAUUAGCCAAAGAUCUUCAGGUCACCAUGGUGAUGGACACGUGUCUGGGAUGCCUGAACCUUCGCCAGGGCACCAUCGCAUCAGGGGUGUGGUCGUCGAUAUGGAGUUGUGUGAUGAUAGGGAUUGAUGCGUUUAAUUUAUGGGAAUACACGAGCCAUCUGGCCUACUACCUGAGAGGAUACACAGUCUCCAAUCACUACGCCCCACUGACAGGGUACCUCACCUGUAUCAUAGUCCUGGCUGUGAUAUGGCUUCUCACCUCCGGCAUACUCUUCUUUGGCGUUUGUAUGAAAAACAAGAACCCUUGGCUGUUUCUUCCAUGGGUUAUUACGACUGUGAUCAUCUCAUUGGCCUAUAUCGGCGACUGCAUCAUGUAUUUCAUGUACGUGAGCGUCAUAUGGGGAAUAAUAACAAUCUGCAUUUUCCUCGUGCUAAUAUCGUCAAACAUCUAUGCAUUACUGUGCGUGGGGUUUUACUUUAAGUUACUCAGGAAGGGAAAGGAUGCACCCCACGAACGCUCUCGAUCUCGAAAGUCUCACGCACGUGAGGGAAGCCAAAAGAAGGGGACCUCAAACAAGGGCUACGAGUACCCUCUCGGGGAACGCCCCACGCCAGAGUAUCCAAAACACGGGUUCCGUGGUCAGAGGUAUGCCUCAAGGAGUUCGGAGCAUGAUCAGAACCAAAUGCCACCGCCGUACGAAGAACACUCUGGUGACCGCGUGUGA